AUGAGCCAGUGUGACCAGAUAGGCGCGCUGCCCCGGGCCGAGCGGGUCACCACCUGCAGGGAGGCGCCCGCGACCACGACGCGUGGACCCUCGCGCGCGGGCAUGCGGCCCAGUGGCCCCAGCUGUGUUCGCCUCACAGGUGUGUCCGCCCCGUCCUUUCUGCACUGCUUCACGCUGGCCAGCGCCGCUUUCAACCUGCAGGUGGCCACCCCUGGGGGGAAGACCAUGGACUUCGUGGACGUGAACGAGAGUAAUGCCCGCUGGGUGCAGGACUUCCGCCUCAAGGCAUAUGCCAGCCCUGCCAAGCUGGAGUCCAUUGAUGGUGCCCGGUACCAUGCCCUCCUGAUUCCCAGCUGCCCUGGGGCCCUGGCCGACCUGGCCAGCAGCGGGUCCCUGGCCCGCAUCCUCCAGCACUUCCGCUCAGAGAGCAAGCCCAUCUGCGCUGUGGGCCACGGCGUCGCCGCCCUCUGCUGCGCCACCAACGAGGACCGAUCCUGGGUCUUCCAGGGCUACAGCGUCACUGGGCCCUCCGUGUACGAGCUCGUCAGGGCGCCCGGCUUCGCCCGCCUGUCCCUGGUCGUGGAGGACUUCGUGAAGGACGCAGGUGCCUGCUUCAGUGCCAGUGAGCCUGACGCCGUGCACGUGGUGCUGGACCGCCACCUGGUCACCGGCCAGAACGCCAGCUCCACCGUCCCCGCCGUGCAGAACCUGCUCUUCCUCUGCGGCAGCCGGAAGUGACAUGGCUUCCCGCUGAGCCGGCCGCCUGCUAGUGACGCCGCUGCCGCCCCCAGAUGCCCAGAUGCCCGCCAGCCUCUGCAUUCCGCAGCCUCCCUGAUGACCCUCAGGGCCCCCGGCCUGCCCCGUGGGACUGUUGGAGGCCCCCACGUGUCCGCCCUGAAGGCUGUCGACGCUGGGGGACGGGUCGGCCUCCCAGCCCCGGGACACAUCCUUUCCUCGGCGAGGGGCCGUCAGGGGGUCUUGAGAGUCCAGCCCCAAUUCCACACAGGUCCGCAGUCCCGCUCGGCCACGGCGCUAUUUUCCGUUCUCUGCACUGAACAUGCGGUCCUAGAACACAAAGGUGACAGAUGCGGGAACCGCGCACCAGCCCCUACCGGGGCCACAGCAGGCGGGGGACAGCAGCCCCGCCACGCGCCCAGGGGCGACCCCCAGAACCCUCGGGCCCUGCAGCCUGGGCGCUCACCAUCAGCAUGCGCUCGAGCUUCACGGCGUCGGCCGCAAACUUGCGGAUGCCAUCCGACAGUUUCUCCACGGCCAUCUGGUCC